GGAAACAUUUAAUUUUACGCGUGGAUAUUCUCUGCGAUUCUGUCAGUCCCAAUUUCGUGUUUUGCUGCUAACUUCACAGAGAUCUGGAGAUGGAGAGGAGCCAGCCAACGUUUUGCUUAUUUUUGAACAUGCCCCAUGAUCCCAAAGCUUUUAUAAAAAGUCGAAAUUAUCUUUGGAGAGACUUGCCGAAAGCACUGAGGAAUUGCUCAAACGAAUCAUUGGCUUAUGGAACUUGUGUUAAAGAAUGGGACAAUUUACGUAAGGGAGAUUGUGGAAGGGAAUUCACAGCCCUAAAGCAGUGCUUGAAUAAAUCAUUGAAAAAGAAGUAACUGUUCUAUAAAAUUUCUACCAACUUGGAGUUUGUCUACAGGUGUAUGAGACAUGACAGAACAAAGUUCUUCAGAUUUUUCUAUGGUUAAAAGUAAAUCGAACUUAGCAACACAAUAUUUAUUAGAUGCAGUUUUAUCAGAAAAAAAUGAAAGGCCUUCUCUCAAACUAAUGAUGCGAGCAAUGAAAGAUGCUGGAUGUGCAGUCAUACCAAAAGUACAUAUCGUUAUCGAAAAAUGUAAUGCAUUUCAUGGAUAUGGCGGUUUUGAUUCGUCUAAUAAUGAAAUUGUGCUUUGCGAAGAGAAAUUUGGUUCCAUUGCUUGGUCCGAACCAAAACAAUUUAUGGAUACGAUAUUGACUCAUGAAUUAAUCCAUGCUUUUGACCACUGUCGAGCAAAUGUUGAUUUUUAUAAUAAUCCCAGACACAGUAUGUGUAGUGAAAUAAGAGCUGCAGCCCUGAGCGGACAAUGUACAAUUUCUAAGAAACCAGGAGCAGCUGUACUUGGUGGCGUAAAGAAAUAUCAUCAAAGAUGCGUUAAAACUCAAGCUAUGAAUUCUUUUAAAGCUCUUCACCCGAAUUGGUCUGAAAAAGAUUCCAAAAAUUUGUUAGAUUCUCUGUUCUCCAUAUGUUAUUAUGAUACAGAACCUUUUGACAGGGUACCUUUAACAAAUGAACAAGCUUUUUUGUCAUACAAAGCAUACAUAUCUAGGAAUCGAUAUCAUGUUUGAGUAAUAUUGCGAAUAUUAUACUGACAUUUCUCUACCAUGGGAGAAGCGCUUUUAAGUAGUAAAGGUAUUUAGUCUAUAGGACUUUGUUGAUCAAAAAACUACCACUACACUACCACAAACUAAUUACCACUUCAAAGAAAUAAAUUCUAACUUUAGUUCUGUCCAGCAUUUUCCAUGCAUGAUCAAAAGCAAACGAUAAAAAUUCAGUAAUGUUUUGCGGGCUAUUCAGAAAAAUUCAGUUCAACGACAAAGCUAGGUCAAACAUGUUUAGCUCGUCUUUGUGACAAGAUGAAUUGUUUCCUAGACAAAGCUAAAUGUUAUGAACAGAUAUUUUUGCUCUCCUUUAAAAAUGACAAUAUAUUAUGUAAAUACUCAAUCCUUAUGUUUUGGGUAUAAUAUCUA